CCCUCGCCCAUUCAUUGCCUGUGGAGAUCGUUACCUCCCUCGACUUGCAGGGUCCUACUGCAUCCCAUGGGCUGGAGGUAUUUAUGCGGAUGCUAAAUCCCACAUCUCUUCACGGUUGCCAUCCAUCUGAACGAUCACCAGCCCCGUAAGUGCGGGGUACGGUUAACGGAUAGCUCCGGGGAACUGCCACAAUGGAUAUGCGCAAGAAGAAGAGAAAGGUCCUCUUGAUGGGCAAAAGUGGAUCUGGAAAAUCGUCGAUGCGCUCAAUCAUCUUCAGCAAUUAUGUUGCGAAAGAUGUCCGACGCCUGGGUGCUACCAUUGAUGUCGAGCACAGCCAUGUCAAGUUCAUGGGGAACCUCACGCUGAACCUCUGGGAUUGCGGAGGACAGGAUGCAUUCAUGGAAACAUAUCUCGCGUCUCAGCGAGGGAACAUCUUCUCCGACGUCGCGGUCCUGAUCUACGUCUUCGACAUUGAAUCCCGCGAGGUCGAGCGCGAUCUUGACACCUACAACGCCAUCAUCAACGCCCUGAAAGAAUACAGUCCCAAUGCCUACGUGUUCUGCCUUGUACAUAAACUGGAUCUCAUCCAAGCCGAGCACCGCCAACGCAUCUACGAAGAACGGUCCGCCUUAAUUCGCAGUCGUUCGGAGCAUUUCAGUAUCGACACCUUUGGCAGUAGUAUUUGGGAUCAAUCGCUCUACAAAGCGUGGGCCGGCAUUGUCCACAAGCUUAUUCCAAACUUGACUGUCAUCGAGCGCUUCCUGCAGGCCUUCUCCAAGCGAAUUGAUGCCGAAGAAGUCAUCCUGUUUGAACGGUCAACCUUCCUCACCGUAACUUCCGUUUCCUCAGAAGUAGGCGACUUGAACCCCAUCUAUGAUCGCCAUGAACGACUCUCCAACAUCAUGAAAGCCUUCAAGCACUGUGCGGCGCGGAACACUCACACAACCCCUGCAUCUGCCGGGUUCGUUGUCAUGCACACGAAGACUCCGCAAUUCAACGUCUUUCUCGGCCGCUUCACGGACAAUACAUACAUUUUUCUGGUUGUACCGCCGGGCGAGGCAGCCUACAAUUGCGCCGUCCUAAACACCAUGCUAGCUCGAGAGGGCUUCUCCAAAGCCGCCGCAACCGGUCACGGGGACGGAUUCCCCCUCCCUGCGGCCGAAUCCCCGGACAACAGCAACGGGACCCAUUGAUUUGACUCCUCGACCGGCCGCCACCGGCCAUUAUUCAAAUCAGCCAAGCACUCCACCAAAUAUGAAAGGGAAAACGGACCCGUACGCCUUAUGACGAAAAAGAAACGCAAAACAGCAUCUCACUUCGCU